ACAAUCAAAGAACAAUAAAGACAGAAAGAAAGAUCCGAGAGAGAGAAGAGAGCACAGCAAGUUCUUUACACUUUAGGUUUUAAAUCAUGCCGAAGAACAAAGGAAAAGGAGGAAAAAACAUUAAGAGAGGAAAGAAAGAAGCAGAAGACGACAAACGAGAGAUCAUAUUCAAAGAAGACGGUCAAGAAUACGCUCUUGUUCUCCGUAUGUGCGGGAACGGACGGUGCGAAGCCAAGUGCAUAGACGGUAUCAAAAGGAUGUGUCACAUCAGAGGUAAGAUGCACAAGAAGGUUUGGAUUAGCGCUGGCGACAUUAUUCUUGUCGGACUGAGGAUGGAUAUGACCAACGACACCAAGGCUGACAUCAUCCACAAGUAUACGCCUGACGAAGCUCGUUUUCUCAAGAGUUGUGAUGAGCUUCCUCGUGACCUUCGUCUCAGCGAGGGGGUUGCUGGUGUGUUUGAUGAAGAAGAUGACGUUGAUUGUGGUCAGGACUAUUUUGAGUUUGGUGAUGAUGAGAUUGAUAGGCUCUAAACUAAGCGUCGCAUGUAAUUUUUUUAUUAUUUACUUCCUAGUCUCUCAAAGUUGAUUGAUUUCUUCUCUCAGAUUUUUGUCAGUUUAUAAAAUAUUUUCAUUCUUUGUUUGAAUAGUUUCGAAUUGUGUUAUUCAGAGCUAUUGGUUGAAUGUUUAAUAAAAUAAGACAAUUAAAGGUUUUCGUUUAAA